AUGUCGUCUGCAGAGGUUUCCGACUCGGAAAGUCUCCUGGAUAUUGAUAUUUCGCAGUAUGAAGUUGUUGAAAAAUAUUUAGAAGAUGAAGAGUUGGAAUCAUUUGACAUUUACCCAUCGGGAUGGACUAUUUGCAAGGAUAUUUUGCACGAUUCUUUUCACCGACUACUGUACUUCUACGUGCCAUUCAACUCAAAAUACUAUUACAUUUGGUCAUUUUUCGUGUCUUUUGGAGUAAUGUACAAUAUGUUUGCAAUGGUUAUUUUCAUAUUUGCCGACAUAAAAACUCAAUAUUUUUGGAAUUGGAUAUUUUUGAAUGUGAUGUUUGAUAUGGUAUUUAUUGUCGAUAUUUUUGUGCAAUCAAGGUUGACAUACCUACAUGAAGGCGAAGAGGUCAAAAACACGAAGAAACUUCGAAAAAACUACUUUUUCCAAAAACUGAAAGUGGCAAAUGACAUUUUCUGCCUGUUACCAUUGGAUUUUUUGCUUUUCUUCGACGAUUCUAUGUCACUUGUCCGUACGAUCAGGAUUGUUAAAGUAAUCCGACUAAUGGAUUUUGUGCAACGGACACAACAACAGACAACAUUCCCACGCGCAUUUAAAAUCAUUCUUCUGGCAGUGUCAUGUAUUGUAUUAUUUCAUUGGAAUGCAUGCUUGUACUUUCUUUUUUCGCUUUACGAGGGAAUCACUGAAGAGUCACAGACGGAAUUCGGAUUUUCAUAUUAUAAAGUUUUUGAACCAGUUUUCCCAACUUGUCAGGCAUACUACGAUGAAAAUUGCUGGUUUGGAGAAGAUAUUGAUCACACUUUGGACCUUGAUGACGUCAGAGACUCUUAUAAAAAAGAGAUGGCGGAAUAUUGGAAGGAUAAACACUACCGCUGGACGACUGGAAACUUUUCCCGUGAGUACAGUAUGUCUAUCUACUGGUCAGCACUAACCAUCACAACCUGCGGGCAACAACCAUGGCCAUCCACAAGCUCACAGAACUCUCUGGAAGUUUUCGAUACUUUGAUUGGAGUGUUAGUGUUUGCCACAAUUAUUGGAAGCGUCGGAAGUGUGGUCACACAGAUGAGUCAAACUGUCAAUGAAUUUCGGCAAAUGAUGGAUGGAAUCAAAUUUUAUAUGAAAUAUAGAGAAGUAAACUCGGCUAUUCAGGAACGGGCACUAAGUUGUUUUAUGUACUUGAUGGCACAUAAUCAAUUGGACGAUGAAGAGGGAAUCCUCUCACUUCUCCCACCACGUCUCCAAGCAAACAUAGCUGCAAACCUCCACAUGGAAACUCUUCAAAAUAUUCAAAUCUUCGCAUUAUGUGAAUCCCGAUUCAUGCAUGAAGUAGUCCUACUUGUCAAGCAACAAGUCUUCUCUCCAAACGACUAUCUCUGCCGAAAAAACGAGAAAGCCAAGGAGUUGUUUAUCGUGAAAAAGGGCAAAUUACGGGUGAUCGACGAUGAUACCGGAGAGGAAAUGGGAGAACUGACGGAGGGAGCGACAUUUGGAGAACUAUCGAUAGUAUAUGUUAAGGGCAACUUAUUAGGCACGCGGCGGUGUUGUUCGCUACAAUCAGUUGGUUUUUCGGACAUUUAUGUACUUUAUCGAGAUGAUGUGUCACGACUUUUGCAAGAAUUUCCGCAAGAAUAUAAAACUAUUGUGAUGAAUGCACGAAACCUGCUUCACUCCAGGGGGCUCCUGGAGACCACCGAGCUUGGGGAGAUGUGCGACCCCAGUGACCACGAAGAGGCUGAUGACCUAGUUCUGGAGGAAAUGUCAGUUGUAGAGCAACUCAAUCGGCUCAAUGGAAUAAUUGAUGGUUUGAAUGGGAAUAUGAAUGUGAUGAUUUUGUCUUUUUCGAACUCAUGCAGCUACUACAAGCAAAAAAUCACCGGCUUGGAGGAUACAUUCAACCAGAAUCGAGAGCAAAUUCGAAGUGAUUUUAAAAAUGGAUUGUAUAUUGAUUUUAUCGAUUAUUAG